AUGACAGAGAUAAAACACAGUGAAGAUAAGGCAGAAGUAGAAUCCAGUGUAAAAAAUCCAAAAAUGUUUAGAAUAGUACCGAAAAAAGAUCAGAACAGAACGGAGGAGAGAGAUAAGAGGAAAGAAGAAACCAAAGUUGAAAGUAAAGUGCCGAUAGAAGGAAGAAAUGUAAAGUUUAGAGAAAUGCACAAAAUGAUGAUGAACGUAAUAGAGAUGAAGCAAAAAGAAAAUUCUAAAUUGAAGAGGGAACCAAUAAUGUCUCUCAACGAAAGAUAUCAAGCAAUAUGCGAUGCAGUGGCUAAGGGCGGUGAAGAACUGAUUAACCUUUUAAUAAUCCAGGAACUUAGAGCUGAUCCAUUGAAUUCUGUGUUCUAUAUGUCUGUCGAAGAAGGACAUCUUCCAGUAUUGAAAGCUUUUGCGGACCAUUCUUAUGGUCGUUAUCAUAUUAAAUUUGAAGGUCAUAAUCCUGUCUUAGAAACUGCAGUUAGAAAGCAACAUGCACAUAUUGUAGAAUAUCUUUUGAAGCAAGGUGCUAAUCCGAAUUUCAUAACUUUGAGUUAUCUUCAAGACCGUAAAUUACACACCUUACUUCACAUGGCCGUACAUAUUGGCAAUCUACAAAUUGUAAAACUGCUUUUAGAUAAUGGAGCAGACGUAAACUCAAAAACAGAAAAAAAUUCAAAGUGUUUAGGCAUUAACACAGAAGGGCAUCCUCGAAUAAUUUUGAAUCGAACUCUAACAGUCCUGGAGGUUGCAAUUUAUAAAGGAAAUAGAGAAAUUUUUGACAUUAUUCUCGAAAAUGGAGCAUUUGUUGAAAUUGAGAGCGAAAACGUAUUCCCGCUUCAUUUUGCUGUUCAAGUAAGGAAUAAAUACGCGAUAGAAAAAUUACUUGAUCGUGGCGCAAGUAUAAAUUCUGUUAGUAGGGAAUUGGAAAACCCACUUUCUUAUGCAGUUGCAUUCGGUCAAUCAGAAAUGGUUUUUGAUUUAAUGAAAAGAGGAGCCACUUUUAUUCCGAAUAGAAUAAAUUCCGUUCUUUGUCGCUUCUUGAGAAACUGUUAUCAAACCGAAGAAAUCUUUGAUCUUCUUUUGAAUUCUGGGGCUAUUCUUCGCCCGGUAACCGGAAUAACUGCAUUUACGCUAAAAAUUUGCAAUGAAUUUUCUCAUAGUCUUGAGUGGAGACUUUUUCCGGAUUACGGUUUUGAUAUAAAUUCUAAAGGAUUUUAUGGAAAUACUCCGCUUCACUUAGCCGUGAGAUACAAAGAUAAAUUAGCUCUUGAAAUGUUGAUAGAAUAUGAGGCUGAUUUUUCGAUUUUAAAUACAAAUAGAGAAACUCCUUUAGCAAACGCUUCUCGAUUAAUUGAUUUGCAUGAAACAGAAAGAGUCAUUACGAACAUUCAUCAUAAUUUGAGAAAUUAUAUUUCUAAAGAUCGAAUAAAGCUUGAGGAAGACGUCUUAAGAGUCAUGGACGGUCCAAUGUUAAAUGGAGACUUCAGCGAAACUACCUAUGGUAAAAUAUACUUUGCAUUUUACGAGAGUAAUGAGUCACUGCUUAUUGAAUUAGUGUCCCAAUAUAUAGCAAUCGAAGAAAAAUCAUUAGAAUCUAUGCUGCAUAUUGCUAUACAACGAAAGGAUCUUGCUAUCUUCAAACUCCUUUUACAGUAUGGUGUUGACGUUAAUAAAUUAUACAGCAGUCAAACUCCUCUGGAAUACGCAACUGCGCUUGGACUCCUAGAUUUUAUAGAUCCUCUUCUAGUUUACGAUACUAAUGCUGUAAACACUGCAAUGAUCGUUGCUAUUGAGAAUGAAAAUUUGCAAAUUAUUCAACACCUUUUGAAUCGCGGUGCUGAUUUGAAUUUUACGAGCAAAAUUUAUGUAAAUAGGCGAUUGUAUGAUGGAUACACACCCCUUCAUCGGGCAGUCAAUGUCGGUAACAUCGAGAUUGUCGAUUUACUUUUAAAAAACGGUGCCGAUGUGAAUUUUAAAGUUAAGCAAGAAGUUAAACGCGAAUUGUCCGUGAUUAAAAAUAGUCAAAUUGAAUAUCACAGCGAUGAUUGUUACGGACACUACGAAAAUGUACAUUACGCUUUUAGAAGAAAUCUCACGGUAUUAGAAUUGGCUAUCCAACGAAAUUUUUUGAGAUCGGAGAAAAUUCUUGAUUUGCUUUUGAAGAAGGGGGCUGCUGUCGAUAUUGAAAGCGAUCAAGUUUUUCCACUUCAUCUUGCCGUUAUAAAAAAUUCUAAGAUGUUUGUAUUUGAUAAGCUCGUUCAAAACGGUGCUAAUGUUAAUUCCGUGUGCGAACUAGAUUAUACACCCCUAGAACAUGCCCUUGUGACCAAUAGAAUAAAUAUAGCUAUGUAUUUUUUAAAAAAGGGAGGAAGUUUUAAUCAAAAUAAAAGGUCAACUCCCUUCUUCAUAAUUUUAUUUCCGGUUCUUAUUGGAGGGAAGAUUGUUUCGCACUUAUUAUGGAAUCGGGCGCUGAUAUUAACUCAAAAAAUCAAAGUGGACAAACGCCACUGCACCUCGAAAUUUUGCAUUACUCUUUUUUUAAUACAGAAAAACUUCAACUUCUUCCAGACUAUGGUGCGGAUGUAAAUCUGCAAGAUUUUGAGGGCAACACUCCACUGCACUUGGCAGUGAAAAGAGGAAAUGAAAAAAAUGUUGAGGUUUUGUUAGAGUAUGGUGCUGACCUC